AUGGAUUCCACAUCCAGCUUCCUCCGCUGGUCGUCGCUGUCCCAGACCGCCGUCGCAGUCACGACGACGGCCGUGGCCACAACGCUGCUCAUCUUUGCCAGAUCGGCGCUGUGGCCGCGAUGGGGCAAGGCGCUCCCGAACCCGCUCAAGACGGCGAUUCCGGGAACGCCGAAAGACGAGAUCGAUGGGCUCGUUUAUCGGCCGGAUGCCUUUCCGGGGGCGAGGGAUGUUGAUACACCGUAUGGAUCCAUCCGCGUCUACGAAUUCGGUCCCGAGAAUGGCGAAAAGGUCUUGCUUGUCCAUGGUAUCAGCACCCCGUGCAUAACUCUCUCCCGCAUCGCUCACGGACUCGUCAACCGCGGAUGUCGUGUGAUGCUUUUUGAUCUCUUUGGUCGAGGCUUCUCGGACGGUGUUGGUGACCUCCCUCACGAUGAGCGCCUCUACACUACUCAGAUUCUUCUCGUGCUGGCCUCCAGUCCCCUUGCCUGGACCGGCAAUGAUGCUUUCCGUCUUAUUGGAUAUUCCCUUGGUGGGGGCAUCGCCGUACACUUUGCCACUUCGUUCCCUCACCUCGUUUCAUCGCUUGUUCUGCUCGCUCCCGCCGGUCUCAUCAACCCCGAGGAUUUUGGUGCCAUGUCUCUCUUCAUCUUUAGGUCGGGCUUCGUGCCUGAGGGACUUCUCGCCUACUUGACACGGUCUCGUCUGCAGCAGCCCAUUGCAUCAGCCAGGAAGCCCAAGGAAGCUUCCCCAACUGCAUCGAUGGCGGAAGUCGCCAUGGCAGAGGCCUCCGGCACUACCGAACAGACCGACGGCACCAUUCCCCUGGAACAGCACGUAUUGAUGUAUGUCCGAUGGAUGGUCCUCAACCACGCCGGCUUCAUCCCCUCGUUCAUGUCAUCCAUUAGACAUGCGCCCUUGACGCACCAGCACGAUAGCUGGAGGCUUCUUGCCCACCGGAAGCCUGGUACAACCAUGGUUCUCUUGGCUCAAAACGACGAGCUCAUUGAUGUGAAUGAUUACGAGCGUGAAGCCCUUCCGCUCAUCGGAGGGAGGGAUAAUGUGUUUUGGAAAGUUCUUCCCGGUACUCAUGAUUUUGUCAUGACUCAUUCCAAUUACAUUCUCAAGGAGUUGGAUGAAGUGUGGAAAUAA